CUGAAACAGGUAAGAAGCUUUCUCCUAUGUUCCUGCUCAAUGAGUCACUGACCACUGCAGUGUGGAUAGCUGGGAUCUUUCUAUUGCAAGAGAGAGGAAUUGCUUUAGGUAGCCAGAUGUGGGUAGCACAGAGCUGCUACCAGGGAGCCUGAAACAAAAGUGAGGAAGAUAUCCUGAAGACUCCAGUGUAGCAUGAUGUCUGGGAAGAGCAUCAAGAGAGAGGAAAAUCCCCCAUCUCCAAAGGUGAAUAAAAAUGCACAGAAAGCAGAACACUCCUUGUGCAGUCAGUAUGAGGAAAAGGUUCGUCCCUGUAUUGAUCUCAUUGACUCCCUGAGAGCCCUCGGAGUAGAAAAGGACCUGGCUUUGCCAGCGAUUGCAGUCAUUGGAGACCAGAGUUCUGGAAAAAGCUCGGUUCUAGAAGCCCUGUCUGGAGUCGCUCUUCCUAGAGGCAGUGGUAUUGUUACCAGAUGUCCUUUAGAGCUCAAACUGAAGAAAGUGCAUUGUACACAGGAAUGGAAAGGAAAAAUUACUUACUUGGAGAUAAAGCAAGAAUUGAAUGGUCCUUCAGAAGUGGAAAAAGAAAUAAGGAAAGCCCAGGAUGCAAUGGCUGGUGAAGGAGUGGGCAUUAGCCAAGAAUUAAUUUCCCUAGAAAUUAGCUCCCCGAAUGUUCCAGAUCUGACACUGAUUGAUCUGCCAGGGAUUGCGAGGGUGGCUGUGGGGAAUCAGCCAAAAGACAUUGGAAAUCAGAUCAUAAAUCUAAUUAAAAUGUAUAUUUGUAAGCAACAAACUAUAAAUCUGGUAGUUGUACCAAGUAAUGUGGAUAUUGCAACUACAGAGGCCCUAAGAAUGGCUAAAGAGGUGGAUCCUAAGGGGGAGAGAACUCUAGGGAUUCUCACAAAACCCGAUUUGGUCGACAGAGGAACUGAGAGCAAUGUCAUUGACAUUGUCCGAAAUCUCAGUGUCCCCCUAAGGAAGGGCUACAUGAUUGUUAAAUGUCGUGGGCAGCAGGACAUCCAUGACAACUUGACACUGGCCUCUGCAAUUCAGAAAGAGAGAGAAUUCUUUGAGGAGCAUGAAUAUUUUAGUAUUCUUUUGGAAGAAAGAAAAGCUACUAUCCCACUUUUGGCAGAGAGACUUACGCAGGAACUGAUAGAGCACAUUAAUAAAUCACUACCAACUUUGGAAAAUCAGAUAAAGAACAAACUCCGGGUGGCAAACAACAAGCUACAAAAAUAUGGCAAAGGUGUGCCAGAAUCAGUGGAAGAGCAGAUGCUCUUCCUAGUAGAUAAACUCAAACUCUUUAACCAGGACAUCAUGAAUUCAGUGCAAGGAGAAGAAAUUGUAACUGAUAAAACAAAACAAAGACUAUUCACAAAAGUUCGCAAGUUCUUUAAUGAAUGGGAAGCCCAUGUUAAUAACAGUACACUGAAAGUAAAAGAAAUUAUGAAAGAAGAAGUGUGGGGCUUUGAAAAUCACUAUCGUGGAAGAGAGCUCCCAGGGUUUGUCAAUUACAGGACAUUUGAGGCCAUUGUGAAACAACAAAUUGUGCUGCUGAAAUCACCAGCUAUCAUGAUAUUGAAGACAGUGACUGAGCUUGUACGAGAAACUUUUACUGAAAUUGCCAUGCAACACUUUGAGAACUUUUUCUAUCUUUUCAGAGCAGCUAAGAAUAGAAUUGAAGACAUAAAACAAAAAAAAGAGGAGGAAGCUGAAACUGUAAUUGCCAAUCAGUUCAAAAUGGAACGCAUCGUUUACUGUCAGGACAGUCUUUACAGUGAAGAUUUACAGGAAACUAGGAAGGCUCAUGAAGUCCUCCCUUUUGGUGUUGCUGUUACUCAUGUUAAGUCUAUUGCAUCUCAAAAACAGCAUUCCGUUGAUGAAAUGGCUUAUCACUUGAAUGCAUAUUUCAAGGGUGCAGGCAAUCGUCUCUCCACUCAAAUUCCUUUGAUUAUUCAGUCCUAUGUCCUCCAGGACUACACUGAAAUGUUACAGACUGAAAUGUUGCAACUUUUGCAAGACAAAGAUCAAUUUAGCAUUCUUCUUCUUGAGAAGAAAGAUGCCGCCACUGAAAGGAAAAAUUUGAAAGAAAGAAUUAAACGUCUGACACAAGCUCGACAACGCUUAGCAAAGUUCCCAGGUUAAAGCAGAUGUGCAAAGCACUAUCACUUUUCUUUAACUCUCUUCUGUGUGAGUUAGUUAACCAAGACCUAAAUAUUCAGUGGGAACUGUUGGGUACUCAGGACUUUUGAAAAUCAGGCCACUUAUUACAUGUCUAAAUAUGGAUUUUGGUGCCUAACUUUAAGUUCCUGUUUUUGAAAAUCCUGGCCCCUGUGACCCAUUCACCUCUAAUUGGGAAUAACCUGCAUACAUGGGCGGUGAAUAUUCCUGGUGCCCAGACACCAUAGGCCUGGCUCCAGCACUGUUUGAGGCCGGGUCUCCCUCAGCCCUGCCUUCUGCCCCCGGGCACACAUCCCCCUCCCCCGUGGGUCCCCCAGGCCACUUAAAACAGCCUGGGGCCCUCACUCACCACCGACAGCGCAGCAGAGCUGAGCAGCUUCCUGCCUGCUUGCUCCACAUGGCUGCCAGCCCCGCCCUGCGGCCCCUGGGUAGGGUGGGUCUGUGUCCUGCCCCAAGCGCCCCUGCAGCCAAUGGGAAGCUGCAGGGGCAGUGCCUGGGGGUAGCAGCACACGGGGACCCCCAGUCCGCCCUGCCUAGGAGCCCCAGAUAAGCUCCACACCCCUCCACCCCUUCCCAGAGCUUGCACCCCAGCCCUCCACACUCCCUCCCAGCCCCUGCACCCAAACUGCAUCCCAGAGCCUGCACCCCUCACCCCCUCCUGCACCUCCACCCUCUGCCCCAGCCCGGAGCGUGCACCCAGCACCCAAACUCCAUCCCAGAGCCUGCACCCCAGACCCUCUCCCCCAUCCAAACUCCCUCCCAGAGCCCAAUCUCUCACCCGUCCUGCACCCCAAUCAGCUGCCCCAGCCCAGGGCCUGCACCCCAGACCUCCUCCCUCCACCCAAACUCCCUCCCAGAGCCUUAGGCGAGCCGGGGGUGGAGAUAGAGGGGGGCAGGCUCUGAGCGUUCUGGGCACCACCAAAAUUUCUAAAGACCUGCUGCCCCUGCCUGCAUAGGGGUGAGGGGAACCCUUCAAAUUUCAGUGUGUGGAGUUCCUUGUGGAUUGCCAUGUCUUCAGGGGGAAAGAAGAGUUCCCUUGUAACACUGGACACCCUGGAACCCUGACGAGAGCUGAGGAAGCGUUGUUCUAAGUCAGCCAUAAAAAUGUUGGCAUACUGUGGGGCCAUGUGGGUACCCAUAGAAGCUCUUGAGGAAUUCCACCAUGAUUUCAACAAUUUCCAUCCCACCAUCCACCUCAGCCUGGACCAGUCCACACAAGAGAUCCACUUCCUGGAUACUACGGUGCUAAUAAGCGAUGGUCACAUAAACACCCUAUACCGGAAACCUACUGACUGCUAUACUUACCUACAUACCUCCAGCUUUCAUCCAGACCACACCACACGAUCCAUUGUCUACAGCCAAGCUCUACGGUACAACCGCAUUUGCUCCAACCCCUCAGACAGAGACAAACACCUACAAGAUCUCUAUCAAGUGUUCUUACAAUUACAGUACCUACCUGCUGAAGUGAAGAAACAGAGUGACAGAGCCAGAAGAGUACCCAGAAGUUACCUACUACAGGACAGGCCCAACAAAGAAAAUAACAGAACUCCACUAGCCAUCACCUUCAGCACCCAACUUAAACCUCUCCAACGCAUCAUCAAGGAUCUACAACCUAUCCUGAAGGAUGACCCAUCACUCUCACAGAUCUUGGAAGACAGGCCAGUCCUUGCUUACAGACAGCCCCCCAACCUGAAGCAAAUACUCACCAGCAGCCACACACCACACAACAGAACCACUAACCCAGGAACCUAUCCUUGCAACAAAGCCCGUUGCCAACUGUGUCCACAUAUCUAUUCAGGGGACACCAUCAUAGGGCCUAAUCACAUCAGCCACACUAUCAGAGGCUCGUUCACCUGCACAUCUACCACUGUGAUAUAUGCCAUCAUGUGCCAGCAAUGCCCCUCUGCCAUGUACAUUGGCCAAACUGGACAGUCUCUACGUAAAAGAAUAAAUGGACACAAAUCAGACGUCAAGAAUUAUAACAUUCAAAAACCAGUCAGAGAACACUUCAGUCUCUUUGGUCACUUGAUUACAGACGUAAAAGUGGCAAUUCUUCAACAAAAAAACUUCAAAAACAGACUCCAACGAGAGACUGCUGAAUUGGAAUUAAUUUGCAAACUGAUACAAUUAACUUAGGCUUGAAUAAAGACUGGGAGUGGAUGGAUCAUUACACAAAGUAAAACUAUUUCCCCUUGUUUCUGUCCCCUCCUACUGUUCUUGUAAAGUGCUGGAAAUGGCCAACCUUGAUUAUCACUAUAAAAGGUUCCCCCACCCCCCACCCCACUCUCCUGCUGGUAAUAGCUCACCUUUCCUGAUCACUCUUGUUACAGUCUGUAUGGUAACACCCAUUGUUUAAUGUUCUCUGUGUAUAUAAAAUCUCCCCACUAUAUUUUCCACUGUAUGCAUCCAAUGAAGUGAGCUGUAGCUCACGAAAGCUUAUGCUCAAAUAAAUUUGUUAGUCUCUAAGGUGCCACAA